AGGUUGUAAUAAUAUCCAGCAAUCUCCCAAGGAGGCAUAGAUGUUGCUGUGAGAUCACAGAUAUCAUUGCAGAUUGCAUACUUGAGAUAGCUAGGGAUUCAUCCUUGGGAUAUGCUGGAAGGCAAGAAUGGCUCACCAAGAUCCAUAUAUCAGAUUUGCUCAUGAUGAAGGCCACACAGAUCUAUGCAUUGCUGAUGAUUCUGGUCAUAUGCUGACAUGUGGAACUGAUGGAGAGGUGCGUAUCUAUAAAGACAUUGAGGAUGAUGAUGUGGAAUGCUUUCGUGCUGGAGACAGUGCUCAUUGCAUUGCAUAUCAUGAUGAAAAGGUGUAUGUUGGGUUGGAUACUGGAGCAGUUCAGAUUUACUCCUGUCCUGAUGGUUCACCCCAAGGGAUGGCUACAAGAUUUGCUGCUGCUCCAACUCAUCUAGCAGUAAACAAAGCUGGAACUGUUUUGGCUGCUGGCUCAUGUGACAUGUCAAUUCGGGUCUGUUCAUUGCCAGAGGGAAAGUGUAAAGUACUAAUGGGUCAUGGUGCUCCAAUCUUGAGCAUUGCACUGGAUCCUCUGGACAAGUAUAUGGUGUCAUUGGUCAGUUUUUCUUCAUGUGGUACCUACCUUGCUGGUGCCUCCACUGCUGGGCUUAUAAAGAUCUGGAAGGUUCAGGACAGAACACCACUCAAGUCUUUCAAAAAUAAAUCAAGUCAUGCUAUUUCUGCCCUUACAUGGCUAAAAUCUGAAGAGGGGAAUCUCCAGAUUGGCUACUGUGAUACCAAGGGCUACCUGGGGAUGAUCAGACAUCCCAUUGAGAAUCUAGAAGAAAAGCCCUCUCUUCAAGAGACUCCAGAGGUAGAAGAUAUGUCAGAUGUGUCCUUGUCUGAAUUUGAAGAUGCCUCUGAGGGCCAUGAUGCUUCCAGUAAAAAUGUUCUGAAGCCAUCACAUGUUGAGGAAGAGCCAGAUGAUAAUGCGAUAUCUAUAUCUCAAAUUAAGAGAGAAGUUGGCUUUGAUGAUGAAGGAAAUCUUCUGAAACUGCCCAAAAUCAAUGAUGCCCAUGAGAAUGAAUCUUCACGAGAUGGUGUUUCAGAGAAGGAUGAAGUGAGCAGCCUGGCAACAGGAUCAUUGUACGAAAUGCGGUCCAGAAGACCCCCUAUGACCACUGAAAUUCAAGAUCCAUUCCAACCAGGAUCAACACCUGAAAAUCUUCCUCACCGUUUUCUGGUGUGGAACAGUGUGGGGCUUGUUUGUGCAGUAAAUACUGAAGAUGAAAAUUCCAUUGAUGUGGAGUUCCAUGACACCUCUGUUCAUCAUUCCCUUCACUUUAGCAAUGUCUUCCAUCACACCAUGGCUGCUCUUUCAUCGGAUGCUCUACUCCUUGCAUGUGAAAGUGCUGAAGAUCAUGCAAGCAAAGUCACCUGCCACAACCUUAAUGGAUUGAACACCAACAAGGAAUGGAGUAUAGACAUGCCUGAAGGUGAAGAUGUAUUUGCUUGUACUCUUGGGAGAGGAUGGGCUGCUGUAGCCACUUCCUCAAGGUACCUUCGUCUCUUUACCCUUUGGGGUAUUCAGAAAAAUGUAAUCUCCAUUCCUGGGCCUAUUGUCAGUCUGGCCAGUCAUGCUGAUCUCCUAAUGGUUGUCUACCACUGUGGCACUGGGGUUCCAGGGGACCAGUGCCUUGCUUUCUGGCUGUAUGAUGUCAAAAGAGAGAGGGUGGUAGUUCCCUGGGGUUGUCCUGUCCCCCUUUCUCCCAAGAGUACCCUUUCAUGGCUUGGAUUGACAGAUGAAGGAUCUCCUGCCAUCUGUGAUUCAGCUGGAUUGGUGAAGAUUGCUUCUAUAAAGCGGUCCUAUGCCUGGAUUCCUGUCUUGGACUGGCGAAGCCAAGUAAAAAAGAAGACAGAUCAUUACUUUGUGGUGGGUGUGAGUGAGAGGCAUCAGUAUGUGAGAGCCAUCUUUUGCAAGGGAUCUCAAUAUCCCUCCCCUCUUCCUCGGCCUACUCUCAUGAUGCUCCCCUUCAAGAUCCCCCUGUGUGUUGAUGGUGAAGCCAAGUCACAGCUGGAGGAGACUUGCUUGAAGACAAUUCUUGCUUCUGAGUGUCUGUCCAGAUUGAAAGAUCCUGAAGCUGAAGAUGAACUCAAGACUGCUCAGAGAAAUUUGGCAGAAUCACUUAUGAAACUUUUUGCACUGAGUUGUCGGGCAGACUUGGAGAUGCGCGCAUGUGAAGUUGCAUCGAUGAUGCCCGAUCCCAUGUUGAUCCAAUUGACCAUAAAGUCUCCAGAGCAGCAGGUCUUGGAUGAACCAAGUCAGCAUGAGAGAGCACGAUCAGAGUCACCUCAGCAGACAAAUGACACAGAAAUCAUAGAGGCAACACCAACAGAUAAUCCUCUGAUAUCAGUUGUAAGGGGUCAUGCUAAGGGAGGCUCCAAACGAGGCCUUUUUACACCAAGCCCAGCCUCAGUAAAUCCUUUCAGGAAGCCAUCAGCAAAGAUUGAGAAGGACAAGGAAGGAGCCAUUGGAACAACUGUAUUUGACCGCAUAUCCCAGAAUCCCCCUAAACCCUGCAACAAUGAAAAGGGGAAGGAUGCAUCUCUUGUCAUUGCUCCAAAGGCAAGUUAUGGCUCUGGAGAAUAG